AUGUUAUAUGUUUACACGAUAUGUGAGGAUAACCAGACUCAAGUCCCAGAGUUUCUGCUCUUGGGAUUUCAAGGUUUAUACCAUUUAAAAGGCCUUCUCUUCAUGCUGUUCCUACUAAUCUACACAGCAAUACUGUGUGGAAAUCUUCUCAUCGUCGUACUGGUGACAACUAUUGACCAUCUCAAUGUUCCAAUGUUUUACUUCCUCAGAAACUUAGCUUUAACUGAUUUGUUAUUCACCACAAGCGUUAUGCCACUUACACUAAAUAUUAUAAUAAUGAAAGAAAGGAGAGUGCCCCUUGCUGGCUGUUUAACUCAACUCUAUAUUUUUGGCAUUUUUGGUUAUGUGCAGUGUUUACUCCUUGCAGUAAUGUCCUACGAUAGAUACCUAGCAAUUCGCCAACCAUUCCGUUACACCUUAAUAAUGACUCCUAAUGUUUGUCUCUCACUGGUUUCUGGGUCCUGGUUGCUAGUUUUUAUUUUAGUAUCCAGUGAAUUUGUGAUAAUUUCCCAGUUAAAAUUCUGUGAUCUCAAUCAUUUAGACCAUUUCUUCUGUGACUUUGGUCCUGUAGUGGCACUAUCUACAUCUGACACAUCACUUUUAAUGACAUUGGACUUCGUCAUCUCAGUCAAUAUGAUAUUUGUCCCAUUUGUUUUUAUUGUCAUCACGUACAUUUUAAUUUCAUUUACAUUUAUUAGUAUGUCUUCUAAAACUGAAAGGAGAAAGUUCAUCUCCACUUGUAGUUCCCACCUUAGCACUGUGUGCACUUAUUACGUGACUCUUAUAGUAGUUUAUAUAGUUCCAUCUGGGGAGAACUCUGUCAAUGUGAACAAGUUCAGAUCGUUGUUGUACAUUUUAGGGACACCAUUAGCAAAUCCUAUAAUAUAUAGUUUUAGAAACCAAGAAAUUAGGGCAGCACUGGGAAAACUAUUUAAAUAUAUUAUCAUAUCCCACUGA